AUGCACCAAUGCUUGUAUUUUAUAACUACCUUCUCCAUCAUUCCUUUUCGCUUGUUCACUAAAUCUCUUGAAGUGGAUUGCUUGCAGUUUCGAAGUGCUGCUUUUUCACUUACAGAAGGGAAACUAUCAGAGAAGGCGAGAAGGCAAACUAUCAGAGAAGGCGAAAAGGAAACUAUCAGAGAAGGCGAGAAGGCAAACUAUCAGAAAGGCGAGAAGGCAAACUAUCAGAGAAGGCGAAAGGGCGAAACUAUCAGAGAAGGCGAAAGGAAACUAUCAGAGAAGGUGAGAAGGCAAACUAUCAGAGAAGGCGAAAAGGGAAACCAUCAGAAAGGCGAAAAGGCAAACUAUCAGAGAAGGCGAAAAGGGAAACUAUCAGAGAAGGCGAGAAGGCAAACUAUCAGAGAAGGCGAAAAGGGAAACUAUCAGAGAAGGCGAAAAGGGAAACUAUCAGAGAAGGCGAAAAGGGAAACUAUCAGAGAAGGCGAAAAGGGAAACUAUCAGAGAAGGCGAAAAGGCGAAAAAGGGAAACUAUCAGAGAAGGCGAAAAGGAAACUAUCAGAGAAGGGGGAAACUGUCAGAGAAGGCGAAAAGGGAAACUGUCAGAGAAGGCGAGAAGGCGAAAAGGGAAACUAUCAGAGAAGGCGAAAAGGGAAACUGUCAGAGAUCUGUCAGAGAAGGCGAAAAGGCAAACUGUCAGAGAAGGAAAACCAACUAUCAGAGAAGGCGAAAAGGCAAACUGUCAGAGAAGGCGAAAAGGGAAACUAUCAGAGAAGGCGAAAAGGAAACUAUCAGAGGAGGCGAAAAGGGAACUAUCAGAGAAGGCGAGAAGGCAAACUAUCAGAGAAGGCGAAAAGGGAAACUAUCAGGGGAAACUAUCAGAGAAGGCGAAAAGGCAAACUAUCAGAGAAGGCGAAAAAACUAUCAGAGAAGGCGAGAAGGCAAACUAUCAGAGAAGGCGAAAAGGGAAACUGUCAGAGAAGGCGAAAAGGGAAACUAUCAGAGAAGGCGAAAAGGGAAACUAUUAGAGAAGGGAAACUAUCAGAGAAGGCGAGAAGGCAAACUAUCAGAGAAGGCGAAAAGGGAAACUAUCAGAGAAGGCGAGAAGGCAACUAUCAGAGAAGGCGAAAAGGGAAACUAUCAGAGAAGGCGAAAGGGGAAACUAUCAGAGAAGGCGAAAAGGGGAAACUGUCAGAGAAAGGCGAAAAGGCAAACUAUCAGAGAAGGCGAAAAGGGAAACUAUCAGAGAAGGCGAAAAGGGAAACUAUCAGAGAAGGCGAAAAGGCAAACUAUCAGAGGAGGCGAAAAGGGAAACUAUCAGAGAAGGCGAAAAGGCAAACUAUCAGAGAAGGCGAAAGGAAAACUAUCAGAAAGGAAAAGGGAAACUAUCAGAGAAGGCGAAAAGGGAAACUAUCAGAGAAGGCGAAAAGGAAACUAUCAGAGAAGGCGAAAGGGGAAACUGUCAGAGAAGGCGAAAAGGGAAACUAUCAGAGAAGGCGAAAAGGCAAACUGUCAGAGAAGGCGAAAAGGGAAACUAUCAGAGAAGGCGAGAAGGCAAACUGUCAGAGAAGGCGAAAAGGGAAACUGUCAGAGAAGGCGAAAAGGGAAACUGUCAGAGAAGGCGAAAAGGGAAACUAUCAGAGAAGGCGAAAAGGCAAACUGUCAGAGAAGGCGAAAAGGAAACUGUCAGAGAAGGCGAAAAAACUAAUAGAAGGGCAAACUAUCAGAGAAGGCGAAAAGGCAAACUAUCAGAGAAGGCGAAAGGGAAACUAUCAGAGAAGGCGAAAAGGGAAACUAUCAGAGAAGGCGAAAAGGAAACUAUCAGAGAAAGGCGAAAAGGCAAACUAUCAGAGAAGGGAAACUGUCGGAAAAGAAGGCGGGAGAAGGCAAACUAUCAGAGAAGGCGAAAAAGGGAAACUAUCAGAGAAGGCGAGAAGGCAAAAUCAGAGGAGGCGAAAAGGGAAACUAUCAGAGAAGGCGAGAAGGCAAACUAUCAGAGAAGGCGAAAGGGAAACUGUCAGGAGAAGGCGAAAGGGAAACUAUCAGAGAAGGCGAAAAGGAAACUGUCAGAGAAGGCGAAAAGGGAAACUAUCAGAGAAGGCGAGAAGGCAAACUAUCAGAGAAGGCGAAAAGGGAAACUAUCAGAGAAGGCGAGAAGGCAAACUAUCAGAGAAGGCGAAAAGGGAAACUAUCAGAGAAGGCGAGAAGGCAAACUAUCAGAGAAGGCGAAAAGGAAACUAUCAGAGAAGGCGAAAAGGAAACUAUCAGAGAAGGCGAAAAGGGAAACUAUCAGAGAAGGCGAAAAGGAAACUAUCAGAGAAGGCGAAAAGGGAAACUAUCAGAGAAGGCGAAAAGGAAACUAUCAGAGAAGGGAAACUAUCAGAGAAGGCGAAAAAAGGAAACUAUCAGAGAAGGCGAAAAGGGAAACUAUCAGAGAAGGCGAAAAGGAAACUAUCAGAGAAGGCGAAAGGCAAACUGUCAGAGAAGGCGAAAAGGCAAACUGUCAGAGAAGGCGAAAAGGGCAAACUGUCAGAGAAGGCGAAAAGGAAACUGUCAGAGAAGGCGAAAAGGGAAACUGUCAGAGAAGGCGAAAAGGAAACUGUCAGAGAAGGAAAGGAAACUGUCAGAGAAGGCGAAAAAAACUAUUGGAAACUAUCAGAGAAGGCGAGAAGGCAAACUAUCAGAGAAGGCGAAAAGGGAAACUAUCAGAGAAGGCGAAAAGGCAAACUAUCAGAGGAGGCGAAAAGGGAAACUCAGAGAAGGCGAGAAGGCAAACUAUCAGAGAAGGCGAAAAGGGAAACUGUCAGAGAAGGCGAAAAGGGAAACUAUCAGAGAAGGCGAAAAGGGAAACUAUUAGAGAAGGCGAAAAGGGAAACUAUCAGAGAAGGCGAAAAAGGAAACUAUCAGAGAAGGGAAACUGUCAGAGAAGGCGAAAAAGGAAACUAUCAGAGAAGGCGAAAAGGGAAACUGUCAGAGAAGGCGAAAAGGGAAACUAUCAGAGAAGGCGAGAAGGCAAACUAUCAGAGAAGGCGAAAAGGAAACUAUCAGAGAAGGCGAAAAGGGAAAACUAUCAGAGAAGGCGAAAAGGCAAACUAUCAGAGAGGCGAAAAGGCAAACUAUCAGAGAAGGCGAAAAGGAAACUAUCAGAGAAGGCGAAAAGGGAAACUAUCAGAGAAGGCGAAAAAGGAAACUAUCAGAGAAAAAACUAUCAGAGAAGGCGAAAAGGCAAACUAUCAGAGAAGGCGAAAAGGAAACUAUCAGAGAAGGCGAAAAGGAAACUAUCAGAGAAGGCGAAAGGGAAACUAUUAG